UCUCUUGCAAUCCCUUCUGAAUCUGUAAUCUGUCCGCCCCCCGGACUAAAGUAUGCAGUAGGGCUUCUCUCUCUUAUCUCACAUCUCUUUCAUUAUUCGGCGCACGUUAAUACCCCCCGCCGCCUGCUAUCAUACGCCCUUCAACGACGGUAAUCACUUCUCUGAGAUCUGCUGAGGGGAGUUUUGAUUUGUUGAAUCGUAUUGUUGUGGAAGUUAGAGAGAGAAAGAGAGUGAGUGAAGCGGAAAAGUACUGAAGGUUAGGGUUUUGAUGCGUUGGCUUGGUUUAGGAGAUCCCUUUUUCCACUUCUGGUUUCUGGUUCGGCUGGGAGAUGGCCAAUCAUGGCGCUAAGUUUGUGUCAGUGAAUCUGAAUAAGUCGUAUGGGCAGCAGAACCAGCCCUCUCACCACAGUCACCACCCACAUUUCAAUGGCGGCGGCGGCGGCUCUUAUGGGCAGGCGGCAGCUGGGCGAGGCCGGCCGAAAAUUAUUCCUAAACUAUCAGUUCCACCCCCACUGAAUCUGCCUUCAUUGAGAAAAGAACACGAGAAAUUCGAUGUGUUAGGCUCUGGAGGGGCAGGUGUGGGGGCUGGUACUGGGAGUGGAUCAAGACCUAAUUCAUCGGGCGUGGGCUGGACCAAAAAUGUGGCGGCAGUGGCGGAGAAGAACGAGGCUGGUGAUGUCACUCAUGUGGUUGAAGAAAUUAAUGCUGUUACUGGGGCAAGUAGUCGAGGCGUUGGAUCUUAUAUGCCACCUUCAGCUCGUUCGAAUGGGUCGGGUUUUAUAGGCUCUGCUUCUUCUACAUCUCGAGAUUUUCCACCAUCUGUGGAGAAAACAGUGUUUUUGAGAGGCGAGGAUUUCCCCUCUUUGCAAGCUGCAAGGCCUGUCUCCUCUGGGGCUUCACAGAAACAGAAGGAUGGCUUGAAUCAGAAGCAAAAGCAGGUCCUGCGCGAGGAAUCUGUUCAUGAUAAGGAGAACAAUCGUUCGGGUUCAGUGGCCGAUAUGCAUCCGCUGGGCCAGUCCUCAAGAAAUGCUCGGUUAGUUGAAAAUGGUGGUGAGGGGCGUGUUAUGGGUAGUGGACAUAUGGCUGAUCAAAUUCGAAAGCGUGAAGAAUAUUUGCCCGACCCACUGCCACUGGUUCAUAUGAAUCCGAGGUCUGAUUGGGCGGAUGACGAGCGUGACACAGGCCAUGGAUUUGUGGGGCAUGGAAGAGAUACUGGUUUUUCGAACAGUGAAAGUUAUUGGGAUAGAGAUUUCGACUUGCCUAGGCCCACUAUCUUACCUCACAAACCACCAGCACUAAAUCAAUAUGGCCGAUGGGGUCAACGCGACAAUGAAACUGGAAAGAAUUUUUCCAGUGAAGUCCCGAGAACGGACCCAUAUAACAAAGAAGUGCGAGCGCCUAGUCGGGAAGGUGAGGAAGUCAACAAGUGGAGAAAUUCACCGGUUUCUAAAGAUGGAUUUAGCUCUCAAGAAAUAGGAGGCUAUAGAGUUGAUCCUGGUUCAAGACAGGCUGGCCAUAAUAACAACAUGCUGAAAGAUAGCGGUGCCAUGCUUAACAGGGAUUCUGCAUUUGGGAGACAGCAUCAACAGCGAAAUAGUUCGAUGGAGUCAUUUAAUAACAGAGGGGCUGAACGUAACCAUCGGGAUUACCAUGUCACUGAACAACAUAAUAGGUACAGAGGUGAUAAUUUUCAGAAUAAUUCAUUAUCCAAAUCUUCUCUUGGUUCUAGUGGAAGAAUGCCUCCUAUAACUGACCCCAUACUGACGAUGGGUCGGGAUAAACGGUUCUCUAAUAGUGAUAGACCUUUCUCAGAGGACCCUUUCUCGAGAGAUUACGGUUUUGCAAGUUUUGGUGAAAGGGAUAUGUUUUCAGAGGGUAUUGUUGGGAUAAUUAAGAGGAAAAAAGAUGCUGCAAAAUCGACUGAUUUUUACGAUCCUGUCCGGGAAUCUUUUGAAGCAGAACUUGAAAAAGUCCAGAAAAUGCGAGAGUUGGAAAAGCAGAGGAUCGUUGAAGAACAAGAACGAGCUUUAGAGCAGGUUCAAAGAGAGCAGGAGGAGAGACAGAGAAAGAUUAGAGAAGAAGAGGAACGGCAGCGGAGGCUGGAAGAGGAGGCCCGUGAAGCUGUGUGGAGGGCAGAACAGGAAAAACUCGAGGCUAUUCAAAAAGCCGAAGAACUGAGAAUUGCCAGGGAAGAGGAGAGGAGAAGAAUGCAAUUGGAAGAAGAGAGGAGGAAACAAGCUGCCAAACAGAAGCUUCUAGAACUGGAAGCUAUGAUCGCCAAGAGGCAGGCCGAAGCCGCAUCCAAAUUAAUUUCGAAUGAGAAUCUCGAAACAGCAGCAAAGGAAACAGUUGUUAUCUCGAGGGAAGUCGAUUUGCAUCUUGAGCAGAACCAAAAGUUUGAAAGACUGGAACUUGAGGAAAGAGAAUCAUCGCCUGAUGUGAUGGACCAAGAGUUUGAAAGACUGGAACUUGAGGAAAGAGAAUCACCUGGUGUGAUGGAUAAUAUGGUCUUAGGUUUUGACGAGGGAGUUCAAGUUGUAAUACCGAGCGAUGAUUUUGAGAAAAAAAUAGGUAGUACCAUGGAAGAAAGAGGUACAGAUGUUGGGAUUUCUUCUGAUGAACAAAAUCUUCUGCCUGCAGAUGAUUUUUCUGAGAUAAGUGCAGACGAUUCUUCUGAGAUAAGUGCUGAUAGCUCCUCCUGGAAGGUUCCAGAAGAAUCGACAUUGGAAGUUUCUAUUAGUCAACAUGCUGGCAUUCCAUAUUCGUCAGAAACAUCAGAUCUCUUGUUAGAUGUUGCUGAUUCUUCUGGUAGUGCUACUUUAGCUGCUCAGCAAACUGUUUCAGCUGAUAUUACUGAUUCCUCUGGCAGUGCUAAUUCAGCUGCUGCUCAGCAAACUGUUUCAGCUUCAGCUGAUGUUAUUACAGGUGCGACUAGUCAUACUAAUAAUACACCAUCUUUGUCUUGUAUUGGAGGCCAGGGUGAUUUACCAUUAAAGCUUCAAUUUGGGCUGUUUUCUGGUCCUUCCUUGAUACCAUCUCCAGUGCCUGCUAUACAGAUUGGCUCCAUACAAAUGCCACUGCACAUCCAUCCUCCAUCCAUUACUCACAUGCAUCAAUCGCAGCCUUCAAUGUUCCCCUUUGGUCAGCUUCAUUAUACAUCUCCCAUCUCUCAGGGGCUUUUACCAAUGGCUCCUCAAUCGAUGUCUUUUGUCCAGCCUAAUAUGUUGGGCCACAUUAAUCUGAAUCAGAACAUGCGAGAUACUUCCACACAAAAUGUCAACAAGGCCGAGGUGCCAUCCAUUUCGAUGAAUAAACAGCCAAGUUUUGUUCCUGCAUCACCUGAACAAUCUAAUUUGAGCCGUCCACAGCAACUGAAUACAGUUUUGAAUGCAAACAGCCACGCAGAUAAUUCUGUUCUACGUAAUGAUAAAAUGAAGUCCGAAUCUAGCUCCCAAGCAGAAGAGAAGGGACAGCGUCAUGCUGUAGCCCCAAGGAGUUACUUACCAUCAUCAAAGGCACGAGGGUCUGAGAGUCACUUACAUCAUGUACAACCAGUGAUGCAGCCUCCUGGUGGUGAGAGAAACUUCAUUGGACACAGAGGUGUAGGUCCAUUAUCUGGUGGUGGUGGUAGGGGGAGAAGAUUUACCUAUGCAGUUAAAAAUGCAAACACACGAUCAUUUGGUCAGGAUUAUGACAUGCCAGCAGAUUCGAAUGGAUUUCAAAGAAGGCCACGACGCACUGUCCAACGAACUGAAUUUCGGGUCCGUGAGAAUAAUGACCGAAGGCCAUCAGUGCAAUCGGUUUCUUCUAAUAAUGCAGGCUUUGAGGACAAGUCUAAUUACGUAGGGAAGGCUGUGGGAGUUUUUACUAGAAGUGGGUCCAAGAGAGGUACCUUCGUCCCUAACAAAAUUCCGAGGCAGAGAAUUGAAUCGGAGUCUUCGGCUUCUGGAAACAUAGUCUCUCAGGAGGUCAACUCUGGAGAUAGGGCAUCGAAAGAAACGGCAAAAGAUUUAUCAAUUAAGAGUCAGUAUAGUUCUACCUCACACCAUGGUGAAACAAGUUUGAGGAGAAAUGCGUCUGAGGAGGAUGUAGAUGCUCCGUUACAGACUGGUGUUGUGCGUGUGUUUAAACAACCUGGUAUAGAAGCCCCCAGUGAUGAAGACGAUUUCAUUGAAGUCAGAUCCAAAAGGCAAAUGCUGAAUGAUCGACGUGAACAGAGGGAAAAGGAAAUCAAAGCACAAUCACGCGUCACUAAGCCGCCGCGCAAACCACGUGUUUCUAGACAAAAGGAUGUCGUAGUCUCAAGAAGCCAUAAUAAACUCUCCGAGCCAUUGAGCAGUGGAGAAACAAGCAAAACUCAAGUGGAGUUUACCUCAUCAGAGAUCCCUCCCUUUGCCAAUAAUGAAGUAGCAACAAAACUUACUUCUGCUGCUUGCCAGCCUCCAAUUGGCACUCCUGCUAUCAGUUCUGAAGCACAGGCUAUCAACAGGUCGCCGCAUCCAGGCUCAGUGUCUCUUGUUUCUAGUGGCAGUACAGAACGUGAGCCUGCACUGAUAUUUGACAGCAAAAAUAAGGUGAUGUCUUUGAGCCAGACUCAAAUUGACGAGGCUAUGAAACCUGCUCGGUACGAUUCACAUAUUUCUGCUGUUGGAAGUCAUUCCACCUCAGUUACCGAUCCUGUCUUGCCGACAUCAUCCAUCUUGACCAAGGAUAAAAGUUUUUCCUCUGGGGCAAGCCCAAUCAAUUCCCUUCUUGCAGGAGAGAAAAUUCAAUUCGGUGCGGUUACUUCUCCAACACUUCUACCUCCUACUAGCCGUGUUGUAUCACAUGGGAUUGGUGCUCCAGGUUCCAACCGAACCGACGUGCAAAUGUCCCGCAAUUUUCCUGUUUCCGAGAAAGACAAUUCUCUUUUCUUUGGAAAAGAAAAGCACAUGAGCGACUCUCGUGGGCCCCUACAAGACUGCGAGGCUGAAGCAGAAGCAGCUGCUUCUGCUGUUGCUGUCGCAGCCAUCAGCAGUGAUGAGAUAGUCGGGAAUCAGUUGAGCUCUGUCAAUGACACAAAAGGUUAUGUUGGGGAUAAGCACUUGACAAGUCAAUCAUCACAGGCUGAGGAGUUAUUAAGUGUUUCUCUUCCAGCAGAUCUCUGUCUUGAAACACCAAGCUCCUUAUGGCCACCAUUGCCAAGUCCUCAGAGUUCCUCGAGCCAGAUGCUUUCUCAUUUCCCCGCGGGCCCACCUUCCCAUUUCCCCUUCUAUGAGAUGAACCCGUUAUUGGGUGGCCCCAUUUUUGCAUUCAGCCCCCACGAAAAAUCUUCCGGUACACAAUCGCAGCCCCCAAAGAGUGCACCAUCCAGUUCAGGACCUCUUGGUAACUGGCAGCAAUGUCAUUCUGACGUGGACUCGUUUUACGGUCCGCCAGCUGGAUAUCCUGGUCCAUUCAUUGGUCCACCUGGUGGUAUGCCUGGGGUUCAGGGCCCCCCACAUAUGGUUGUCUACAAUCAUUUUGCUCCGGUUGGACAAUACGGACAGGUUGGUUUGAGUUUUAUGGGUACCACCUAUAUCCCUUCUGGAAAGCAAGCCGAUUGGAAAAACAUUUCAACAUCCUCUGCCAUGCAUAUGGGCGAGGGAGACAUUAAUAAUGUGAAUAUGGCUAAUGUGCAGCAAAGUGCUCCUAAUAAUAUGACUCCUCCCAUUCAGCAUCUUGCACCAGGAUCUCCUCUCUUGCCCAUGCCUCCACCGAUGCCCAUGUUUGAUGUAUCUCCAUUCCAGUCUCCAGCUGAUUUGGCCGUCCAAGCUCGAUGGGGGCAUAUGCCCCCUUCACCACUCCACUCAAUCCCAGUCUCUCGACCAUCACAUCAACAAGUAGAAGGUGCAUUGCCUCCUCAUGUCAAUCAUGGGCAUCAUUCCGUUGACCAGUCAAUAAUUACCAACAGGUUCACCGAGUCUCGAAAUCCUACACAAUCAGAUAAGGGGCCGAAUUUUACUUCUGGUACCACCACUGAAAUGGCAUUAGUAGAUCCAUUGAGAUCCACCACCAACACCAACACCAACACAGGUUCAUCUGGGCAGAGUGCUCGUGUUCAAAGCUCGUCUGGAAGUACAAACGCUGAAUCUGGCAAGAUUGAUACAAUCGAGAAUGCCAAACAACACCAUGAUGCAACUUCUUUCAAGACUCCAUCAUUUUCUAGAAAGAAUUCACCGGGGGGCCCACAAACUAGUACAGGUGGCUAUAAUAAUUAUCAACGAGGUGGCAUGUCUCAGAGGGGCAAUAUGGGUAACGAUUUUUCUCAUCGUAGGAUGGGUUUCCAAGGAAGGGGCCAUGUGGAUAAUAGAGGUUUUCAUACUGCAAAGGUUAAACAGAUUUAUGUGGCUAAACAAACCAGUAGCAGUGGGGGUCCCACUGCAUGAAUCUGACAGUAUUGAACGAUGCAGAUUAUAUAUCAGUUGACAAUAUCGAGCUUCGUCUGGAAUAUGCAUAGUUUGGAGAAUCCUUUUUUGGAGCCUGAGUUGUUUCGUAUUGGAGAAUAGCUGUUGAAGAGGUACGUUUCUGAAACGAUUCGUUCAAGUUUUUCUCUCCCGAGAGGGUUUUGAUGUUGGAAAUAAUUUCAAGGUCUGAAAUUGUGUUUUGCUUCUUCUCUGCGAGAUGGAAAUUUGUUUUAUGUUUCGAAUUAGUUACUACAAUUGGUGUAUUUUUGCCACAUUCUAAGAGGUCGAUCCCAUACGUAUUUCUAAAGUUAUUAUGGUUGUAGUAAAGCUAGUAUUAAUUAACUAUGAAGUUAGUUUAGCAUGAUUUGAUUAGCACAAUUUGAUGUGUGGGUGACAUUUUGAUGAAUAUGUGGAUUGUCUUAUAAUCUCAUUCAUAUUCAGCUACCAUGGAACAUUUUGAUGAAUGUUUGGACAUUUUUGUAAUCUCAUUUAUCUUAUUUUUCCAUGCUCUCGAUAAACGAGUACCGAUUCUAUGUAGU